AUGUUUGGAAAAUCGAAAAAGACCGAAUCGCAGUCAUCAGCUUUUGAAAAGCCAAAAGAAUCCCUACCAGAUCCUGCGUUGAAAUGGGGAAUUACCCCUUCUAAGCCAUAUGACCCCAAUGAAAAACCUGGACCCGAUCAUCCAGUUCAUCAAAUUCCUCUCGAGAAGCAAGAAAAGAUGCGAAAGAAGGGAAUCAACCCUGUACUGAAAGCUGAAAUUUAUCAGGCCCAAAAAGGAGAAGGUGGCUUUUGGAGCAAAGUUGCACAAACUUCUUUCGGUGGUGGAUGGAUCAAAUAA